CAAUCACAAAUGCAUACUGUAUUGAUAUCUCUAAUAUAAAACCAAAGUAUACUGUAUAAAUUAUUUUUCAAUACUAAUGUGUUGUAAUUGUGAGUUUCUUAUAAUUAUCAAUUAUCUAUGUGAGUGUUAUGGCACGUAAUGACAAGACUGAUAUAAAACAUUGACACCUCCAUCAGCCCUUACAUACAAUUAUUUUACAGCAAUUUUUUCAAACCGAUGAAUACCUAAUGCUAAGCCAUUGCUAACGGCAAACGUAAGCCUAAACUUUUCCCAACCGUCAUAUCAGAGAUAAAUUAUUUGUUAAAUAUUUUUUCUCAAUCGAUAUCUCAUAUACGUUGAGGAAUCGCAAUUUUAUUGACAGUUAUCAGGGUAUUUAUUAAGGGGGAGAGAAGUAGUGUAAACAAGUGAAACACGAAGUUCAUCAACAAAUCACUCAAAGUGAAGAACCUGUAGUAAACUGAUUGCCAGCAUAACAGUCCAAUUGAUUUCCUACUUUCUCAUACAAACACUAAUAAACUAUUUUGUAAACUAAAUGUCAAUUUAUUUUUCAUCAUUUUUAUCAUCUUAAUAGUGGACUUAAUUAUAUACACGACAAUAAUACCAAAAACAUAUCGAGACAAUGAAAUUAAUUACUACAAUAAGUUUUACAAUACUAUUGCUGACCAUAAUGUGUAACAUUGGGUACGGGUUGUCGCAAAAGGGCCGCAAACGGGACCUCUUGGAAGACAUCCACAAAACGGUGAAUACUGUGUGGGCUUCGGUGGACAAGAAUGACCAGAGGGUGACAUCACUGGACACAUCCCUGACCCUCAUCUCAAACCGGGUCGAGAAGAUCAUCGACUCGAUAGAGCACAACAAACUGAACCACAAGUUUUUGGACGAAAAACUUGAUAGACUUGAGACUAAGAUCAAGUCGAUCGAGGAGUCUAUGAAUACGAAGAUCAACACAAUUAGCGAAUCUGUGGAUCAGAUUGCCAGAGAAGUGAAGCGAAUUGACGGCGAAAGCGAUGGUAAACUCCGGAAGAUAAUGAAUAUCAUUAGCGAUACCUACGAACUCAGCAAAGACACGACCAUUUUAUUGAAGGGUCGCUCCGGAGGAAGCAGUGGUUACAUAGGAAACGGCGAUAAUGAGAGCCCGGAUCAGAUGGAAGAGAUGCAGAAGAAACUCUUGGAGCAGAUGAGUAUACUUGAGAUCUCAAUCACCCAACAAGUGUCAAAUGUGGCCAAAAUAGGCAAAGAGACCAUGACUUCGUUGGACAACAUUAACCUCGAGAUGCUUACCAUUAGAGAUGAAUGCACUUCAAGACGACAGUCCACUCAACAGACCAGAAGCGACUCUUUCAAUGCCUUCCACCCGACCCUCAAUGCCCAUAGGGAUGGCAGCCAUACACACCAGUGCCCGACAGUCAACAUGACUGUCCUGAAGCACCAAAUGGAGACACAGUUGGAUCAGAUCAGUGUCACCAUCGAGAAUGAGAUGACGAUAAUGGGCAGUAAACUCGAGGAAUAUAUGUCUAAUUGUAACUCAAAUACUCCUAACAAUAAUAAGGCCCGAAGUCUGCCACCACAAGACAUACCUCCCAUUAUAGUCAACACUAGUAGUCUAUUAGUUAAGCCGACAUUCACACGGAAAACCAUAAGCCUGGCCAAAAAACCUACCAGCGCUCAGUCGGGGUGUCAGCACUCAUCGCCAUUAUUAGCGCCCAAGAGUUGUUCAGAGCUUUAUAAUAGCGGAUCCACUUGUGAUGGCAUUUAUGUGAUCACAAUCGCCAACACCAGACCUCUGAGGGUGUACUGCGAUAUGAGUGACAACGGCGGCGGGUGGACAGUGAUCUUAAGACGCGGAGACUUUGGCCGCACUCGACAUCGGAUCAGUUUCGAGCAGUCGUGGAAUGGAUAUAAGGGUGGCUUCGGGGACAUGGAUUCCGGGGAGUUCUGGUUAGGCCUCGACAAUAUCUAUCAGAUGACCGCCAAUGGGAACCACAUUCUUCAGGUGGAUCUCGAGUCGUUUGACGGUGAGUACGUGUCCAUCGUUUACGACGGCUUUAGGUUGGGUGGAGAGGCCGACAACUAUCGCCUACACUUAGGACCGGCCAUACAGUCCAACGGGACAAUAGCUCAGGCACUGGUAGCCCAUAACUCGUCGAUGUUCUCAACACAUGAUAGGAAUAACAAUGUGAUCGGCACUGAUAACUGUGCGGCUAAGCUGCAAGGGGGCUGGUGGUUUCAUAAUUGCCACAGUGCCUUGCUAACAGCCCCCUACUACGCCAAACAUGGUCGGCCCCACGUAUGGCAGGGUAUUCAGUGGCACUCCUGGAAGCACUCGCAACACCUCAAAGCGGCGAUCAUGAAGAUUAAGCCCAAACUUUAAGACCUGGAUCAGUUUGUGGUGUUAUUAAAGUGCAUGGUUUAUGAUAUACUAGUAGAAAGUUUAUGACUAGUGAACCUAGAUAUUUAUUUAAGUCAAAUAUUUUUUGUGAACACUAUUAAGUGGCCACCACUUCAGUCAAGUGCCAAAUAACUAUAAUUAUUAUAAUUAUAUAAAUGUUCUGCCUUACUUAUCAAUUUAUACGUAUAUAUACUGAAUGCUCACAUUAAUUGCAUAAUAUAUCUAAU